AGGCUAAGCAACGCGAAUAUCAACCGGCUAAGCUUAUAGUGCGCUUAGGCACCGCGAGUUCGCGAGGUCCACCAUUCGCGCAGGUCCUCUCUCUCUUCUGCUCCAGCAGCGCCAACUCUGAAUUUCACCGUUAUUUUCAGUAAACAUAUUCUUAAUUGCAUCGCGGGUACUCUUACCGAAAUGUUUACUACGUUACCUCUUUGAAUGGUCGCGCCAAAAACACCGGUACUAUAGUUCGCGUAAGAAAAAGCACGCGCUAUGAGCGCCGAAGACGACAGUGGACAGUGAGGUUUCUAAAAAAAAUCUUCAUACAGUGACUUAGGACACUCGGAGUGUUCAAACUGAAUCAUGUGCCUUCCGACACCUGGACGUAGACUGGGAUCUUAUGUUUUAAGUUAUAUAGGCCAAACAUCCCAUUAUUUGUGGAUUUAACUUUUGUGCGCGAGGGUCAAGCCUGACUUAUCUCCGUGUACUUUUGCCAAGAUUCGAAGAGGAUUUUUUUCGAUUGACCUAGUUGUGUUUUGAUUACAUUUUAUGUUGAUAACUCUACUUCCGUUUUAUUUUGAACUAUCCUUGACGGUGAAGUGGGUUGACAAAUUCAGUGUAGCGUGAGCGUGUGUUGAGUGUUUCUUUUUCAGUGAUUCUCUAUUUUUGGAUUAACAUUCACCUUCCUGCUGGCCCAUGAUACGAAUGAUUGAAGUUAUUCAAAAUUCAUGUAUUGGAAGGAGGCACAAAUUCAUCAUAAUAUUUCGAGAUUUUUUGUGAAGCACCUCAACUUUAACCAUCCCUUGGACAUCGGCUAGGGUGUCGCUAUCCGGCGAAAAGGCAGCACAAAUCUUUACCCUUGGAGUCCCCCAGCCCCACCGUGGCGGGGACGAACGUGCUGGGGGCGCAGUCGCCCAUUUCGUUGGCAAUGCCAUUCAUAGAUAACGACCUACUGUGGAGUUCCGACCAUGAUGGCAAGAUGGUGGAUCUUUCCUCGUGCUUACAGGAUGCUUCGGUGGCGGUUGGGCAACAAAACACUGCACAAGGAGGUGGAGGUGGUGGAGCACUAGGAGAACUGUCUCAGUCAGACCUCAGUUCCCUGGUUCCUUCGGCUUCAGAGGGCCAAAUGAACGACGAAGAUAUCUUGAAACAUUUAUCGGAUACUGCCGCCAUUGAAAUCGAUAGCCUUCUCAACGAAUUCAACAAUACGCCUUAUAUCAAGCAAGAAGAAAACAACAAUAUUCCGAACUCUUGCUCGGAGGAUGUAGUCAGUAGUUCCAAUGGACAUCAGAAGAGUGCGGUCAAUUUAGAAAUGCGUUCGCUGAAAUUCACGAUCGCUGCUGCGAAUCCUAUUCUAGCGGAGAAACUGUCGACACCUAACGAGCAUAAUAUGCACUUACAUGAUGGCGGAAAUCGACCAGAGCUGGCGCUACUGACACCGAAAAUCGAAAAAGUUGACAAGGAACAGAAUAACUAUCUACAUCAACUUCUUUCGAGACAAAGGGGUGAUCUUCAACACCCAGCUCUGUGCGAGUAUCAAAGGCGAAAAGCAGGAUACCCCCCAAACAAUGGGUCACUACCGCCAAGUCCAGCAGAUUCCGGUGUUUCAGACGUGGACAGUUCUUCAAGCGGUCACACAUCGACGGACGAGUUGAAAUCGAGGUUACAACCUUCAUUGCAUUCUCCAGUGGGAAACUUCCUCAACAGGCAUCCUUUGUCCUGGACGCCCUCUGCCCAUCAUCACACGCAAAGACCACCCGGAAAUAUACAUCAACCGUUCUACCCCUCGUUCACCACAAUACCAGAAAACUACAACAGCUACCUUCUCCAACACCACCACGUCCAGCAGACUCAACAUAUGCAUCACCACAAUAGUAUACCAUCACCAUUUACAACACCAUCCCCCCCAUCACCGACCAUGAGGCACUCCAUCCCAACAUCAGUGAUACAAGCAGCAUCUUCAAGCGUCUACGACGAUUCUUACAUGCUUGGUUUCCCGCCUAGGAAAAUAAAGAAAAUCAAAAAACAGAGGAUAGGUGAACCUGGAUCUGUUAAAAGGAAAAGCCGAGAGGGGUCCACGACGUAUCUAUGGGAGUUCCUGUUGAAACUCCUCCAAGAUCGAGAGUACUGUCCAAGAUAUAUAAAGUGGACAAAUAGGGAAAAAGGGGUUUUCAAGUUGGUCGACUCAAAAGCUGUAUCCAGGUUAUGGGGCAUGCACAAGAACAAGCCAGAUAUGAAUUACGAGACAAUGGGCCGAGCUCUAAGGUACUACUACCAGAGAGGUAUCCUAGCUAAAGUGGAUGGCCAACGGUUAGUCUAUCAAUUUGUUGAGGUGCCCAAAGAUAUUGUAGAAAUAGACUGUACGGGCGUGUGAUCGAAUUGAAAUGGACGCACCAAUGCUUCGAUAGUACAACAAAUAAUUUAAUUUAUUAAGUAACAAAAAGUGUGAAAACAUUAAAUUUUAUCCCUGUACAUACGACUCAAAGAGAAUAUGCUGAGGACUUGACCUAAUGAACAAGUUGACUGUGAAAUUUUUACAACGAAUAGGGUUCUAGUACCUCGUACAAGUUUACCAACUAUGGACGAUCUCAUGGUAUGUUGAAAGUGGUGAAUUUUAUGAAGAGAAUGAGGACAACAAUCCGAUUGUGACUGUGAAUUUUUAACAUUGCGGUUGUGGAUUUUUUUCCUGCCAAAGUUUUUUCCAUUUUGUACUUGCCCCUAUAUUCUCAUUGCCCUGUUGAUUACAUCAACAAUCAUGUAUUCACAUAUAAUAAAAACUCGGAAAGCCUUGAACAGAAUAUAGAUUCAGUUCCACAGGCAAAUCUCACAAAAAAAAAUCAUAUUCUUAAUAUUGGGAAGUUUAACUAGAGAUUCCUGAACAACUUGAUGCAUCACUUCUCGUUAAUAUCCAUGAAAAUAUUUCGUCCAACCCUGAACAACUUUGAAUUCCGACAAAAAUAUUUAUGAUAAAGUGUUUUGGUGACAUGAAAUAAAUGACAAAUUAAAGCAGAACUAUUGAAUACAUAUAAUAAAAAGUUAUCUGGUCCAAAUAUGUCAAUUUUUCCAACUUUAUUGCUCUUUGAAAGAUUUUUUUAUUUGAAAUAAAUUUAUUGUUGUUGGUAACCUAAAGAGAUUUUUACUAGAACUAAUGAACAUGUGAUCAGCAAAAAUAAGGGAAAUUAGUUUGUGUAGUGAAAAAGAAUGAAAUUAUAAAUCGAAUGACAUGUGAUAAGAAAGAGAGGAAAGGUAUUUUGGUAGUAUUUUCGACUGAGAUGAAUUUUUAGGAAAUUGUUUAGGUGAAAAAUUAUUGAUACUAUUUUUCAUGGAAUUGCUUAACUACAUAUUAAAGUCAGCACUGCAUCAGAGCUUAAUGAAAAGUCAUAUUUCAUUAUCAAAAGAAACCGAAUUAAACUCAUUUCAACAUCUACAAUAUGUAAAAAAAUUCUGUUGUGCAUUAAGUAGAAGGGCAGCUGUAUAUUAUAAAUAAUGGAUCUAUUGAAUAUUAGAAUCAUUCUGAAAUAUUCAUAUUUUCGAAUAAGUAUUCAUUGGAUUUAUUCAACUGAGAGUUAAUAUAUUAUCUUAUGAAGUUUUUUAUAAUGAUUGCUCAAAAUUGAAAUAAAUCAAAGAUAUAUGAAAAACAUAAAAAUAUUAUGUUUAAAUAAUAUAAAAAAGUGGUUUCUCUAGGUAUUUUAUAAUAAAAUCUGGAUUAAUUUAGAAAUGAUGACGAUCCCUUGCUUUGGAUAAUGUGAUAUGUUUAACUUCACUAGGGCCCAUAAUUCAGUGUAGAGUCCUGGAAAUUUACUUUGUUCUAAAAUUAGCAAUUCUUCAUCCAAUUCAAAUCAGUUGAGAAGUAAGUACACAUAAGUAGAAUUGCAUUCUUUUUCUUCUUUGGGGCCCUAGUUUGAGGGUAGUUUGAGGUGCUCUUAAUGGUUAUGAGACUGGUUGGUGCCUGCAUUAAAUUGGUAGGGUUUCGAAGAGAAACGAGCACAAAUAUUUGAAAUUUAGCUCUCUAUAUUCUUUUACAGAGUGUUUCAGGCAACUAUUAUCGGUUUUGAUCUCAGAUGUACACAGUAAAAGAAUGAGAAGAUUUCAUCAUUUAUCAGUUUUCCAUUUUCGUGUAAUAUUCAAAAUAUUGUACUUAUGUUAUUGGGUCCUGUGUUUUCUUGUAAACUAUAUUUUUAAGUGUACAUUCUGUAUAGUAUUUAUUCCAUAAUUUCGAAUUUUAAAAAAUUAGCUGUUUCAUGAUAAAAAUAUCAAUUGUCAACUGAAAAAAUAAAUUUUGAAUUUGAAAUUAGUUCCCUGAUAAAAUUUACGUUUCACUGCCAAUUUUUCAGGUUUCAUAAAUUCUUUUCAUCACAUGAGUUUGUCAUGAAACAAACUAGUUUAGUCCUUUGUAAAUUUUGUUUUAACAUUCUGUGAUUGUAAGUUUAAUUUUCCAAAUUGUAUCAAAUUAAUGUAAUGGGUGUAAAACGUUGUACCUAAAGUCAAAUGUGUCUUUAAAGAUAAUCUAAACUCAGUGGGCAAAUCAAUAUUGGAAAUUCCCAGGUUUUCAACUCAGCGAUGUUACAUUUAUGUGUAGAUUCUAUGUUGAAAUUGAAUUCAGGAAAUCUAAAGCACAAAAUAAACUGCAUAUUGAAUAUGAGUAAAAUACAAGUUCAAUCCAGGUAGCAAGCAAGCAAAUUAUCCGUUCGUCCAAAAUAUGUGAUAUCUGUCAAUAUCAAAUCCUAUUCACGUUAGCUCAUUGAAAUAGUUAUAUAUUAUCUUACUUGAUUGUUAAAUGGAUGUUGAAUGGUUGCAUUUGUUUAGGUAUUGGUUUCUUCACAAAUAUUUACGCGUUGUUUGAAUAUUCCUACUGUGCAGUAAUAAGAAAUUUUGUUGAAUAUGUAAAUAAUAGUUACAAAAAUUAAACAUAUUGUAAUAUUGGUGAUACUGUCAAAUGAUAAUUUCAGAUUUUGUAAAUAUAGAUCAUUUUUAUUAUUACAAAUUACCUACUGUAGAUUUUAAUGAAAUUUUAUUGAUUUUUAAACAUUAUUGUAAAAAUUAUACCUACCUAUGUAUAAGAACGAGGUACUUUUAUUACCUAUAUAGUUUAUUGUAAUAUUUUGUCUUUAAUAAAUAUAUAUAAAUCCAA